AUGGCACUUAUUUCUCUGAAGCUAUUGAUUUCUUCCCCUAUAUACGGGUCUGUUAGCAGGAUUUCUUCCCCUAUAUACGUGUAUGUUGGCAAGAUUUCUAUCCCUAUAUACGGAUCUGUUGGCAAGAUUUCUUCCCCUGUAUACGGACGGGUCUGCUGGCAGGAUUUCUUCCCCUAUAUACGGGCUGCUGGCAGGAUUUCUAUCCCUAUAUACGGGUCUGUUGGCAGGAUUUCUUCCCCUAUAUACGGGUCUCUUGGCAGGAUUUCUUCCCCUAUAUACGGGUCUGUUGGCGAGAUUUCUUCCCCUAUAUGCGGGUAUGUUGGAAGGAUUUCUACCCCUAUAUACGGGUCUGCUGGCAAGAUUUGUUUCCCUGUUUACGGGAUUUCUAUCCCUAUAUACGAAUCUGUUGGCAGGAUUUCUACCCCUAUAUACGGGUCUAUUGGCAAGAUUUCUACCCCUAUAUACGGGUUUGUUGGCAUGACUUCUUCCCUUAUAUACAGGUUUGUUGGCAGGAUUUCUAUCCCUAUAUACGGGUAUGUUGGCAGGAUUUCUAUCCCUAUAUACGGGUCUGUUGGCAUGAUUUCUAUCCCUUUAUACGAGUCUGCUGGCAGGAUUUCUAUCCCUAUAUACGUAUCUGUUGGCAGGAUUUCUUCCCUUAUAUACGGGUAUGUUGGCAGGAUUUCUUCCCUUAUAUACGGGUAUAUUGGCAGGAUUUCUUCCUUUAUAUAUGGGUAUGUUGGCAGGAUUUCUUCCCUUAUAUACGGUUCUGUUGGCAAGAUUUAUUUCCCUAUAUACGGUUCUAUUGGCAGGAUUUCUUUCCUUAUAUACGGGUAUGUUGGCAAGAUUUAUUCCCUUAUAUACGGGUAUGUUCGCAGGAUUUGUUACCCUAUAUACGGGUAUGUUGGCAGGAUUUCUAUCCCUGUAUACGGUUCUGUUGGCAAGAUUUCUAUCCCUAUAUAUGCGUCUGCUGGCAGGAUUUCUAUCCCUAUAUACGGGUAUGUUGGCAGGAUUUGUUCCCCUAUAUACGGGUAUGUUGGCAGGAUUUCUAUCCCUAUAUACGAGUUUGCUUGCAGGAUUUCUAUCUCUAUAUACGAGUGUGCUGGCAGGAUUUCUAUCUCUAUAUACGAGUCUGCUGGCAUGAUUUCUAUCUCUAUAUACGAGUCUGCUGGCAGGAUUUCUAUCUCUAUAUACGAGUCUGCUGGAAGGAUGUCUACGCGUAUAUACAGGGAUGUGGAUAGUCGCCUCACUAUAUCGUCUGAAGAUGGUCAGAUAGGUGAACUUCUUCGGGCGGCUCUACGAAUCCAGCGCUUCCGUCAUCCCUCGAUCCGGACGUCCCCUCCGGUCGACUUCGCCUACUCCCAAGAAGUGUAG